UUGGCCUCCCAGAGUGCUAGGAUUACAGGCGUGAGCCACCACGCCCGGCCAGGCAUAUGGCUUUUUCUGCUCAUUUCACCUCAUGGCAUGUUUUGGGUUGAGAUGACCCCCUUCUCCCUUUUAAACCCGAGGUCCUUCAGGUCACAGAUGACUCAGAGCCAGGAAAGGCAUCGCUGGAGGAUUUCUGCAGGCCAGUCAGCGAGCAUCUGGCAGGGCCUCCGGGAGCGUGUCUCAGGACGCAGAGUGCAGAGCCCUCUCUGUAACCUGCUCUUUGUGUCAGGCUACUAGACACGAGGAGGAAACCUCUCCAACUUCUCACAGCCCCUUUUCCUGACCUUUAUUCCUCAGCGUUUGCAUAGCUUGAGCCUGGUAGGAAACAUGUAAAAUUAGAAACAGUUUAAAAUACUGCUGCCAGCCACAAAUAAGAUGACAACUUAUUAUUACCCCCUUUGAACACUGGCAUGGCUGAAUGAAUAUUCAGGGAACAGGUGUGUGUGGAGAAAGGCCCAUGAUGACAGGGCUGGUGGGGGAGGUGGCCCCGGGCAGGUGUCCCAUUCGCCGGUGCUUGUGGGAGCCUGGUGACCUGGCGGGUGCCGGUUCCCUGCCGGCUAUACAUAGCCAGCCAAAGCUUCUUACCAGAGAAACCUCUUUGCAUGCUGCACGGGUCCCAGCUGCAGACUACAAGACUCGCUGUAAAUCCCGUUAGUUAUUCACCCUCAGACAGAAAACCUGCCCGCUGGCCACCAGCCCUGACAGGCCGGCCGCAGCCCUCAAUCCUUCCUUCGCUCACCCCGGGAGUGCACCCCGAGCUCGGCCAUGGUGGACAUGGGGGCCCUGGACAACCUGAUCGCCAACACGGCCUACCUGCAGGCCCGCAAGGCCUCGGACAGCGACAGCAAGGAGCUGCAGCGGCGGCGCCGGAGCCUGGCCCUGCCCGGGCCGCAGGGCUGCGCCGAGCUCCGCCGCGGGCUGUCCCCGCACUUCCACAGCCUGUGCGAGCAGCAGCCCAUCGGCCGCCGCCUCUUCCGUGACUUCCUUGCCACGGUGCCCACGUACCAAGAGGCUGUGGCCUUCCUGGAGGAGGUGCAGAGCUGGGAGCUCGCUGAGGAGGGGCCCACCAAGGACAGCAUGCUGCAGGGGCUGGUGGCCACAUGUGCGCACAGCCCUGCCCCGGACCACCCGCACCCCUUCCUCAGCCCGGCGCUGGCUACCAAGUGCCAAGCGGCAACCACCAAGGAAGAGCGCGUGGCCAUGGUGGAGCUGGCCAAGGCUGAAGCCAUGGCCUUCUUGCAGGAGCAGCCCUUCAGGGAUUUCCUGGCCAGCCCCUUCUACGACAAGUUUCUGCAGUGGAAACUGUUUGAGAUGCAACCAGUGUCAGACGAUUAUUUCACUGAGUUCCGAGUGCUGGGGAAAGGUGGUUUUGGGGAGGUAUGUGCCGUCCAGGUGAAAAACACUGGUAAGAUGUAUGCCUGUAAGAAACUAGACAAGAAGCGACUGAAGAAAAAAAAUGGCGAGAAGAUGGCUCUCUUGGAAAAGGAAAUCUUGGAGAAGGUGAGCAGCCCUUUCAUCGUCUCUCUGGCCUACGCCUUUGAGAGCAAGUCCCAUCUCUGCCUGGUCAUGAGCCUGAUGAAUGGCGGAGACCUCAAGUUCCACAUCUACAGCGUGGGCACGCGGGGCCUGGCCAUGAGCCGGGUGGUCUUCUACGCAGCCCAGAUGGCCUGCGGAGUGCUGCACCUCCAUGCCCUCGGCAUUGUCUACCGGGACAUGAAGCCUGAGAACGUGCUUCUGGACGACCUCGGCAACUGCAGGCUCUCCGACCUGGGGCUGGCCGUGCAGAUCCAGGAUGGCAAGCCCGUCACCCAGAGGGCUGGAACCAAUGGUUACAUGGCUCCUGAAAUCCUAAUGGAAAAAGUGAGUUAUUCCUAUCCUGUGGACUGGUUUGCAAUGGGAUGCAGCAUUUAUGAAAUGGUUGCUGGACGAACACCAUUCAAAGAUUACAAGGAAAAAGUCAAUAAAGAGGAUCUAAAGCAAAGAACUCUGAAAGAGGAGGUCAGAUUUCAACAUGAUAACUUCACAGAGGAAGCUAAAGAUAUUUGCAGACUCUUCCUGGCUAAGAAACCAGAGCAACGCUUAGGAAGCAGAGACAAGUCCGAUGACCCCAGGAAACAUCCUUUCUUUAACACCAUCAACUUUGCUCGCCUGGAAGCCGGCCUAAUUGAACCCCCCUUUGUGCCAGACCCUUCGGUGGUGUAUGCCAAAGACAUCGCUGAAAUCGACGAUUUCUCAGAGGUUCGGGGGGUGGAAUUUGAUGAGAAAGAUCAGAAGUUCUUCCAGAGAUUUGCAACAGGUGCUGUCCCCAUAGCAUGGCAGGAAGAAAUUAUAGAAACAGGACUUUUUGAGGAACUGAAUGACCCCAACAGGCCCACAGGUUGUGGGAGGGGUAAUUCCUCCAAGUCUGGUGUGUGUUUGUUAUUAUAAAUUGUUUUCUCUACCAGGCAGGCAGCAGAAGUCUCGCUGACAUAAUCCUCAAAUGUUCCUAACCCACGGGAAUCUGUUGAAGGGGGGCUGGUCAAUUAGGAGGGACACUGCAACCACAGAACAGUUCAGAGAGCAGGAGAGCUGACUCUAGGACAUGUUUUCUUUUUUCUUUCUUUCUUUUUUUUUUUUUCAUAAAGAUGAGUAAAAUCUCAGUUUUCGCUGAAGACUAGCAAAAGGAACACUCAGGUUUAUCUUGAUAAAUUAAAAGCAUGAGCCCUCCACCAUCACGUCCCUGGGAAUUAUGCAAAGUCCUAGGAAUAGAGAAUGGAACUUUGUGGUGUACCCUGAAAAUGAGCAUUUGCAAUUCUUAGUAAAUAAUCAUUUUAGUUCUUCUUUGUUUAUAUCCUUUCUUCCCCUUCAUCUUUUGGUAUUUCUUUUACUUCUGUACUUACAAAAAGGAUUUUGAAGCUGGAAAUAAACAUUCCUGAUGUUGUCUCCUUAAAAAGGAGUAGAUUGCAAUAUUUUAGAUUACAGAAUAAUUUUCCAUUUCAUUCAUAGUUUCUUUUUCAUGUUUUUGAAAUGACUUGCUAUCAUAAUGUUGAAGCAUUUUAGAUGUAA